CAUUGCAGGCAAACUUCCAGUGAUUGUCCCCUCAUUGCAAUAAAAAAAAGUCAGCAAAAAUAGUACCAAAUAGGCCAUCAAAUCAAUAAUAGUGAUCAUCAACCCCGAAAGUUUAAUAACAGUACAAAAAUGCCGUGUGAAAUGAUAACCCUGCAGCUCGGUCAAUGUGGCAAUCAGAUCGGCUUUGAAUUCUGGAAACGACUCUGUGCCGAGCACGGAAUCAAUCCGGAGGGAAUACUCGAGGAUUUUGCGACGGAGGGAACUGACAGGAAAGAUGUUUUUUUCUAUCAGUCUGAUGAUGAGCAUUACAUCCCUCGGGCUGUGCUACUCGAUCUUGAGCCUCGUGUCAUUCACACAAUUAUGAAUUCACCGUAUUCGAAGCUGUACAAUCCCGAGAAUAUUUACCUCUCGAAGCAUGGAGGUGGUGCAGGAAAUAACUGGGCUUCUGGGUAUCACCAGGGAGAAAAGCUGCAGGAGGAGAUAUUCGACAUUCUCGAUCGUGAGGCUGAUGGCAGUGAUAGCCUAGAGGGAUUUGUUCUGUGCCAUUCAAUAGCUGGAGGAACAGGAUCUGGAAUGGGAUCAUUCAUGCUGGAAUCACUGGCUGACAGAUUUCCAAAAAAAUUGAUUGAAACCUACAGCGUAUUUCCAAAUCAGGACGAAAUCAGUGACGUAGUAGUCCAGCCCUACAACUCCCUCCUCACCCUGAAACGUCUGACGCAGUGUGCAGACUGCGUAGUGGUCCUGGACAACACAGCCCUGAACCGAAUCGCCUCAGACCGCCUGCACAUCCAGAACCCCAGCUUCACGCAAAUAAAUAAACUCGUCUCGACAAUAAUGAGCGUCAGCACGACAACCCUGCGAUACCCCUCGUACAUGAACAACGACCUGGUGGGUCUGAUAGCCCCUCUCAUCCCCACGCCACGUCUGCACUUCCUCAUGACAGGGUACACGCCCCUCACAACUGACCAAGAGGGCCUGUCCGUCAGGAAGACAUCAGUGCUGGACGUCAUGAGACGUCUCCUCCAGCCCAAGAACAUGAUGGUCUCGACAGCACUGGACAGAAACGCCUCCCACUGCUACAUCUCCAUUCUGAACAUCAUCCAGGGGGAAGUGGAUCCAACUCAGGUGCACAAAUCCCUUCAGAGGAUCAGGGAGAGGAAACUCGCCCAGUUCAUACCCUGGGGACCUGCCAGCAUACAGGUCGCCCUCUCCAGGAAGUCCCCCUACAUCCAGAGUGCCCACAGGGUCUCGGGACUGAUGCUGGCCAAUCACACCAAUAUUUCCUCCCUGUUCGAUCGAGCCCUGCAGCAGUAUGACAAGCUCAGGAAACGCGAGGCCUUUCUCGAGCAAUUUAGGAAGGAAAAAAUGUUCGAGGAUAAUUUGGAUGAACUCGAUAACUCCAGGGAGGUUGUUGAGUGCCUUGUGAAGGAGUAUCAAGCUGCUACUAAACCGGAUUAUCUCACCUGGAAUCCAAAUAAAGUGGAGUAAUGGGGGGGGAGCUGGGAGGGGAGAGUAAGUGGAUUUUUGGCUUUUGGUGAAUUUAUUUAUUUAUUUAUUGAAGGUGAAUAAAUAAAUAAAUGAGAUUUAUUUAUCUUGGGAAUAGAGCACUUUAGAGAGCUUUCAAGGUAUAUUUGCUCCUGAGAAUUUUCUGGAGAUGAUUUGUAUUUUUAUUUUUUCAAGAAAAUUAACCUUGAAUUCGGUCUUUUUUGAGAAAUUAUUGUGCAAUUAUUUUGGUUAUUGAUUGGUUUGAUUGAUUGAAAUUAUUUUGAUUCUUCAGGAAUUAUUCUUUAUGAAGAUUUGGUCCUGUGAAUUUUUAUUUUUAUUGAAAUCGAUCAGCAAUGUGUCAGAAAUACGUUGAUUUUUUCUCCAGCAAGAGAAUGUUGGAUGGAGUCAUUAUUAUUGAAUAAUGAGAAUAACUUGGAGUGAAAUUGAAAUUUCAUCAUGAUGUGAAGUGAAAUUGAAUUUCUACAACUCUCGAUGUCAGAGAAUUAAUUUUUUUAGUUGAGAAAAUUUCUCAAGAGAAAUGUCUCCUGAUAUUUUCUUCUAAUCGAUUGUUAUUGAGAUGAUUAGAGAACAAUUUGGAGUGGAAUUCAAUUAAUUUCAAAAAAUAUUUCUGAAGCUGAUGAAAUUUUCAACAAAAAAUGUCUCAACAUUUUACGAUUUAAAAUUCAACUUGAAUAACUAUUAAAUUUCAAUCCAUUGAUCAGCACCAUGUCAGAAAUACUCAAUUCUGGAGGGACAUAUCGAGGGUUUAUCCAUUUUUUCUCCAGCAAAAUAAUUUUCUCUUCAAAUUUUUCUGUGAAAUCAUUAUUAACUAAUGAAAAUAACUUGGGUGAAAUUAAAAUUUUAGUGAAAUACAAAUGUUUCCACGAUGUGGAAUGGAAUUGAACUCCCACAUCUGUCCAAUGUCAAAGAAUUUUUUUUUUUAAUCGAAGAAAUUUCCUAGGAACAAUAUCUCUCAACAUUCAACUCUAAAAUUCCUCGUCAUCGAGAUAAAAACGACGACAAUUGAAGUGAAAUUCAUUUUUACAUUUCUUAAAAUUGAAUUUCCCCAAAAAAUGUCCAGAGAUGUUUUCCCUUAAUGCCCCUCAUUACCAAGAUAAUUUAAUAUUCACCAAAAAGUGAGGAAUCAACUUGUUCUGUUCUGUUACGUUUCACAACUUCACUACUGAAUUGAAAAAACUGAGACUAUGAGGACCUGAAUGGAAGGAGGAAAAUACUUGUUGCCAUUAGUGCUGAAUCUCAGACAACCUUAAGGUGCCAUUAUGUUCAAAAUUACUGCACGCCAGCUUAUUCACCCAGUAUUUUUGUAAAUACUCGUAAUACCCUAAAUUCGUUCUCUACACGAAUUCAUGCAGUGUUGCUUGUUAUUUUGCUGGCGGAAAUGACUGCACUGCGCUCGACAUAACUCGUGAUAUUGAAUGGAUAAUUACCAUAAUGAGAUGAAUAAACAGUUUUUUUUUGUACAAAAUUA